AAGACUGGCCUGAAAACAUUCGGAGAGCUUCUUCACACUCGCGCAGGAGACACAACACAGCGUUAUCGCACACAAUGUUUCGUUGUGGAAUCUCGUAUCCGAGGUGCAGGUGGAUCCUGCCUCUGCUGCUGCUGUUUGCCAUUAUUUUCGACAUUAUCGCCAUCGCAGCGCAGUCUGGAUGGGUGGAGGACGAGGACGCCAAGACGCACUACGCCAGCAUGUGGAAGCAGUGCCGAGGCCGCAGCGAGCAGUGGGACUGUAGAUCCCUCAUGGAGUUUCCAUGGGCCCAGGCAGUCGCCGCUCUGAUGAUCAUAGGCCUCAUCAUCCUCAUCAUCGCCUUCAUCAUCUCAUUUGUGGCUCUCUGCUGUAGCCUCAACAUCGCUCUGCUGCCUUUAAUCGGAGGCUUCCUUAUUUUGGCUGUAAUCGUGCAGAUAAUCGCUCUGAUCAUCUACCCUGUCAAGUUCAACGAGCUGAUCUAUGAAGGUUAUUACGACUACACCUGGGCAUACGGCUUCGGCUGGGGGGCCACCAUCCUGAUGCUGGGCUGCGGGAUCCUCUUCUGCUGUCUUCCUCGCUACGAAGAAGAUAUUUCCGGCAUGGCCAAGCCCAAAUACAUCUACACCUCUGCCUGAAACCCCAUACUCCACCUCUCAUAAAGGACAAAGUUAAGCCACCCAAGCCUAAAAGUCAGUGCUCGCCGAUCUCCAAAAGCAUCGUCAUCUUCCCAAACCAAACAUAGCACCAUACUGACUCUGAUGAGGGCUGUCCGUGCCCUUUUGUCUAACUUUUGGGACUGAUGCAAUUAACUUUUAAUAAUUUUUUUAUUAAUAAUAAUCAUUCACAAACAGACUGGGCUUUGAUGUUUUUAUUUUUAUGUCACUCAGCACAGAUUGAACUCCACAAAGCAUUAUUCCAAAUCUCCAUAUUAGCCCGUUUACAUUACAGUGUCCUUCACAUAUUACAUGUAAAUCUAAUUAAUUCCAGUAAGUAAUCACAUUAAUACAUCUCAUGCAGGUUGCUUAAGAAUUUACACUGUAACAUGAACACUGCGAUUUAAAGUGUGACUGAGUUUGGUUAUUUGUAUAUUUCUUGAACAUCUCUACAUAUAUCAGCAUUAAGAAAAUAUUUUUAUGACGUAACUGUAUUUUUACAUUAAUGUGUCGUUCCAUGUCAGCCUGUUCUUGUUUCUCACAGUAGCGGCUGCGCAUGCUUGAUUGCACACUUCCCUAAAGUGCUCUUACUGUCAAGCGAGGAGCUUUGUGUUUGGCUGGCCAAAGUGAAGUGAACUAAGAGGGUUUUUUUCCUAAUCGUGAGCUUGGUUUUAUAGACAAAUUGGUGAGCAAGUGGAUAAAAAUACCAAACACAGCAACCUGAUGUUUUUCUGUUUUCAUGAUAUUGAAAAAUCUUGAUGCAUUCAUGCCUUGAUCAUUUAAUUUAAAUUAGUCCGUUUGAUGUGUAUGUGGAAAAAA